AUGCCCAAGGUUCACCUUCUCGACUAUGUCGCCGGCAACGUGCGGAGCCUGGUCAAUGCGAUCGAAAAGGUCGGCUACGAGGUGGACUGGAUCACCAGCCCGGAGCAGGUAGCCGAUGCCGAGCGGCUGAUCCUGCCGGGCGUCGGCCACUUUGGCCACUGCCUGUCGCAGCUCGACUCGGCCGGCUACCUGCCGGCCAUCCAGAAGCACAUUGACGAUGGCAAGCCGUUUAUGGGCAUCUGUGUUGGCCUGCAGGCCUUGUUCCGCGGCUCGAGCGAGGACCCGGCCUGCAAGGGUCUGGGCGUGAUUGAUGGCGCGCUGGACCGGUUCGACGACGCCGACAAGGCCGUGCCGCACAUUGGCUGGAACGAUGCACACAUGCGGACGACGAAUCUGCCGUCGUUUUACGAUCUUCGUCCGCAGAGCAAGUACUACUACGUGCACUCGUACAAGUACCCGUACCGGCCGGGCGAGCUCGAGGCCCAGGGCUGGGCCGUGGCCACGGCCACCUACGGCAGCCAGACCUUUGUCGGCGCGCUGGCCCGCCGCAACGUCGUCGCCAUGCAGUUCCACCCGGAGAAGAGCGGCGUGGCCGGCCUGCGGAUGAUCCGGGCCUUUCUGGACGGCAGCGGUGCCGCAGCCCUGGCCGCCGGCGUGUCCGUCUCGCUCUCGGCCGCCGAGACAACAGCACGGGCAGAAACGACGACACAGCUGCCACGACCGGGCCUGACAAGACGCGUCAUCGCCUGUCUGGACGUGCGGGCCAAUGACGCCGGCGAUCUCGUCGUCACCAAGGGCGACCAGUACGACGUGCGCGAGAAGGGCACCACAGCAGCAGGCGGCGCCGUCCGCAACUUGGGCAAGCCGGUCGAGCUGGCCGAGCGGUACUAUGCACAGGGCGCCGACGAGGUGACCUUUCUCAACAUCACCAGCUUCCGCGACUGUCCGCUGGCCGACGUGCCGAUGCUCGAGGUUCUGCGGUUGGUCUCGGCCACCGUCUUCGUGCCGCUGACCGUUGGCGGUGGCAUCCGCGACACCGUCGAUGCCGACGGCACUACUGUCUCGGCCCUCGAUGUCGCUAGCCUCUACUUCCGGUCUGGUGCCGACAAGGUCUCGAUCGGCUCCGACGCCGUCCUCGCGGCCGAGGCCUACUAUGCGGCCGGCCGCUCGCUCAGCGGCACCACCGCCAUCGAGCAGAUCGCCGGUGCCUACGGCAAUCAGGCCGUCGUCGUCAGCGUGGAUCCCCGUCGCGUCUACGUGGCCUCACCCGUCGAUACGGCCCAUCACGUCGUUUCGACCGUCCAGCUUGGCCCCCACGGCGAACGCUUCUGCUGGUACGCCUGCACCAUUCGCGGUGGCCGCGAGACCCGCGACCUCGACGUCGUCCAGCUCGUUCAGGCCGUCGAGGCCAUGGGCGCCGGCGAGAUCCUUCUCAACUGCAUCGACCGAGACGGCACCAACAGCGGCUUCGACCUCGAACUCGUCCGCCACGUCAAGGCCGCCGUUCGCAUCCCCGUCAUCGCCUCCAGCGGCGCUGGCGAGCCCGCACACUUCCAGGACGUCUUCCAACACACCACCACCGACGCUGCCCUCGGCGCCGGCAUCUUCCACCGUGGCGAAUACACCGUCAAGCAGGUCAAGGACUAUCUGGCCGAUCAUGGACUUGUCGUUCGCCAAUUUGAGGGCGACUUGUAG